CAGGGCUCGGUAAUCCUGUUGCCUGGCUACGACGCCUGCAUAAAGCCAAUGGAUCUCACACCUGUCAAAAUACGCGGCAGGAAACGGAAGCUUCCUGCACUCAUCCCCGCCAGACUCCAGUCUUCCAAAGUCUCCUCGCAAUCGUCUUCCCAAGCUUCUCUAGAUGACCGCCCACGAAAACGCAAAGUCAAGAAAACAACUCCACCCGCUAUGCCGAGCCUCCAAGGACUCCCCCAGGAACUUCUAGAGAUGAUCUUCCUCUACAGCAUGAACAUUGCACUCCCACGCUGUUCCCCUUCAAUAGGCCGCAAACUCUCUUCUCGCCAUGUGACAAUGAAGUUCACCAUGCGGUCAUUCUUUGAUACCGUGGACCAUAGAACCAACACCCGCGACCGAAAAGUCACCUCAGAUCCCCAACUACAGUCCAGCGUACUAUCCUGCCACUUCUUCACCUACAAGUUCUUUCUGGAUUAUGUAAAGACGGCGCACGACGCGAUCAUCAGACUUCGAGGAAAAGCAUGGGAAAAGGCCAGUGUACCUGUCCUGGGCGUGGAAGAGUUCGAGGACCUGUGGGUCUUCAAAUUCACAAAAGUCCCCUACCUCUCCUUCGCAGGAGGCUUCCAUAUACCUGAGAAACUUCUCCAUGGGCCGUUCACCAAAGACAAAACAUCCCUGCUUUACGUCUUAGUCUCACUAAGUGGAGAAAUCGACUGGACAGGCAGCAUGGCGGGCGAAGUAGCAAAGACGGGAAUUAAAGAAGCGAUCAAGGAGCGUAAUGAGCGCGCGGUUGCUGCUUUCACGGUGCUGCUGGGUAUAUCGAAGGCGAUUACUACCGAUGUACUACGCUACGCUGUCAUAAACUGCGGAUGUGAAAUCAACAUCCUCCGACACCUGCUCUUCAAUGCGCAAAUCUUAGCCCACGAGACAUCCAAAGAGAUCCUUGAUUUCUAUGACCCUAAACUUUGGGCAUGGGCGGACGCACACGGCGAGCGUGGGUGCGUAUUGAAGGAUAUGCUCAAGAAGGCUGAUGCAUUUAAUCUGGAAUUUUACUUUGAGCAAGAUGCGGACUGGACGCAGAUUGUCGGAUUCCCAUAUGGUGGGAGCAGGUUCGAUAUUAGAACGGCGUUUGAUGCUGUAGUGAGAGAGCUAUUGGGAAAUCUUUACAGAAACCAUGGGAGGAAGAUUACAAGGAAAAGACGUCAAAGAAGCGAGCAGCGGGUUGUGGAGGAAGCGUAAGAUAAAUAAUUGCUCCGGAUCCUAAAUGGAGAUCACAAAUACACACUAUAAACAUGCUAUGCUACCCGUAGCUG